AUGUCGCACUCUUUUACUCAACGCAUCAGACCUGCACCAACGCAUCAACGAGUCUCUCGAGAAGAAAACCCAAAUCAUCAUCAGUCUGUUCAAACUUCACCAGGAGGGGAGACAAUUCAUGGUUCACCUCGUUUACUUCGUUAUCCAGGUUUGUCGGAUCAAGAGGUUCUGGACCGCGUCGAAUCUAUCAUAAAUUCGACAGCUUCACAUGCACCAGCAAGCACUUUGGCACCAUUGAACUCAAUUCCUGACACUAUGUCCCCACAUCCAUCUCAUCUCUACAAUGGACCAGUAGUCAUUCCCCGUCAUCUACGAUCAAGAAGCGGCAAUUAUCGUUCUUCCCCUCCAGCUGGACAAGACACUGGGGUAACACAUACACCAACAAGCGGCGCGGAUCAUUCCUCUCUUCCAGCUGGACGAGACGCUUCGGUAACACACACAUCAACAAGUGCCGGACCAGAUAACUCUUCCCGCUCAACGGCUUGGGACAAUCCGGUAGCUUAUGCAAUAGAAAAUAGAUUGACGUAUCCUAGUUAUCGCCCUCAAAGUGCUCCAGAUAAUUCCAUGUCGGAACGUGCACUAGCAGGUGGCAGAUCAGAUUAUCCCUCUCGCCCAGCGAAUUCAGAAAAUCCCCUAGCAUAUGCAUCAAAUAAUGAAUCGCAAUAUCCUCACAAUGCUACCCAAAGUGUUUCUGAGAACCGCAGAUCGCACGAUACAAAUCGCGCCCAUCAAGGUGUCCCAGAUGAUCGCGUGUCACGUCGUACAAGCUAUACUCCCCCAGAUGUUCCAGACAAUCGCACCCCGCAUCACACAAACCCCCAAGGCCAAUACUCUGCAGUCGAACCGUCUAGCUCGUACAGUGUAGCACAACGUUGGGACUCGAGCACUCGUGCAUCUGCCUACCAAGAACCCUAUCGUCCCUAUCUAAACAAUGGACCACAAUAUUCUGGACAGUAUCAGGAGCCUAUUCAAGAUGGCAGACCCAUGCCGGCAGGAUACGAUGCACCUCCCCACCAUUCUUUCCGUGACGGUAGAGGCUAUUCGCAACAACCCCCUCCUCCUACAUAUCGUCACCAUUCUUAUCAGGAUAGUAGAGGCUACUCACAACAGCAACCCCCUCCUGCAACUCGCCACCAUUCUUAUAAUGAUGAGAGAGGCUAUCCACAACAGCAGCACCCUCCUGCACCGUCUCAUCAUCCUUACCAAGAUAGCAGAGGCUAUCCGCAACAGCAACCCCCUCACCCACCUCACUAUCCUUAUCAUGACGGUAGAGGCUAUCCGCAAGAUCAACCUCCUGCUGCACAACCACCUCUAAGACAGAGUGCUCCUAGGCAAAGAACCGCAAUCGCAUGCAAAUACUGUAGAAGGCGCAAGAUUCGUUGCUCGGGGUUUACUGCCGAUGGCUCCGGAGGCCAAUGUACUAAUUGUGCCCGCUUCAAACAGGAAUGUGUUUUCACUCCUGUAUCCUCGGCACAGGCAUUUGUACCUCUUAUUGCCCUGACUGAAGCGCUUCAGCAUGGCACGAAUUCACAUCCGGGUGUUUAUGGUGCUCAUGGCCAACGACUGCCGAACGACCCCGCGAAUCAAAAUCCUACAGAACCGUACCAAGGAUAUCAUCCACAACAAGGCGCGCCCGGGCCACCAAUGGCAUACAAUCAUCAACAAAUGCCACAGCAGGUGGCCCAAUAUGCGCCCCAACAUGUGCAACAGCCAAUUCACCCAACAUACCUCCCACCAAUGAAUAGAUCGCCCCAUGAUCGGGAUACCUUGCCUUCUCCGACAGGCUCGCUCCCCCAACAAACACCUCCAACACAUCUCCCUCCUUUGUCGAACAGAUCACCAUAUGAUCAGGGUGCUACCUUACCAUCUCCGACAGGCUCAUUGGAUUCUCAAAAGCGUAAGCGCGAGGCAGAUGAGCGCCACUUUGCCAGAGCGGCCCCAUCUGCCCCUGGUCAAUUCUCCGGGUAUAACCGAGAGAGCAAUGCUCCGUACCGCAUACCAUCUCUUCAAGAACAAUACCAAUAUCAUUCCUCCGUUCCAUCCCCUCCUACUCGUCAAUAUGGAUAUCAACAAGGAGAGAAUGUUACGCCCCGCCUACCAGCAUUGCAAAAUGGACAACAAUAUCGUUCAUCAAUUCCAUCACCUCCUUCCAACCAACAAUAUGGACACCAACAAGAAGAGAACGCUCUAGCAUACCGACCUAUGGAAGAUGGUCGGCAAUCGACCCAAUGGGCCUCGGUAAACUCGAAUGAAGCACCACGAAAUGACCCCUCUCCCAAUGGUUCAUCGACAUCGUUUCAUUCCCAGAACCCAAGCGGCAAUCACCAACCUAGUCAGGUAUCUCCUUAUCGAGCCGAGUCUUCUCAAUUUCCUCUAGCAUCCCCUGCUAGAACAAACUCUGGAGGUGGAAAUCGUGAUCAAGUGGCAAGAGAAACUGAACGUCCUAAUCAGAUGAACAUCGCUAAUAUUGUGGAACGCGAUGACAAUGAUGUUGACCGAGAUAUGCUCAGACGUUUGGGCAGUAAUAGAUCUUAA